AUGCUAUGCCAGCGAUUGCGAGGUCACGAAAAGCAGCGAAAGGACCGCGCCGUUCCGGAUGGCCAUUCGUGUCGUGACUUCUGCGUCGAGAGUUCACAGGAGGGGACACAUCACAAGGCGCGAGCAGAAACAGAUCUACGGCACAUCGCUGAUCUCUCGAAUUCGCGUGAAGCUGCAAUGGUAGCGGGAGCAGACGACGCGACUCUACCGCCAGACAUCGCGUCGACGGAGACAGCAGCUAGAAAAAGGACUAUACGCGCCACUCGAACGGAGAUUAACUACCAAAGACUCCACCGGGGCUUGUCCAUUGAUAGCUCACCCGGGAAAACCACGAAGUCAGCCAAGACAACGAAGACAGUAGCAGGCGUAAGCGAUGAAAGGCAAGAGGCAACAAUAGAUAGGCUCUACAGCCUUAUUCUAGAAAUGAAGGAGGAGAGUCAGAAGGAGAGAGCGGAGCAUCAGAAGGAAAGAGCGGAGCUACAGGCAGAGAUAAGGCUUCUCCGGGAGCAACAGAAAGAAUGGGAGGACAGGCAGAAGACUUGGGAGGAACAACAGACAACAUGGCAGCAGCAGGUAACGCAGGCCCUAUCUGGGAGCCAGAGCCCCCGAACAUCGUAUGCCGACAUUGCCCGUACACCGCCAAGCUCCCGGCCUAGCAACAUCCAGAGCUUAUCGACAAAUACAACAGCGUCAGCCCGAUCUGACACACUUUACUGUACGAUCGACACCUCAAGGGUAGAAGAGGAGGAGAAGCGCGCGGCUGAUCCAGCAGUCUUCCGAAAAGCAAUCGAGAACGAGAUGCGCAGAGCGGACGGACAAGAGGGCUGGCGGUGUGUCGCAGUAACAAAAGACCCGCGGAAUACUGCACGCAUUCGUGUGAUAUGUAGGAACGAGCCUGAGCUAGCCCGGGUGAAAGAAGCAGCUCAGAAGGCUACUACUCCUGGAGUUCGGGUACUCCAAGAUCAACUCUAUCCAAUCAAGGUGGAUAAUGCCAACCGAACAGCUAUCCUUAACGACACAGGAGACCUUCGCGCAGAUGCAGUAGAAAGGUUGGAAAGAGAGAACGAGGUCACAAUUGCCAAGAUUGUCUGGCUAAGCAGGAAGAACUCAGGAAAAGCAUAUGGGUCAAUGGCGGUAUAUCUGUCAAAGGGAAGCGAUGCAGUACGACUGCUACAGGAGCAAUACUUCCAUGUCGCAGGAGAAUCAGCAUAUACGCGGGUUUACGAACGUCGCCAAGGACCUGUCCAGUGCUACAAAUGUCAGGAAAUCGGCCACAAAACAUACUCCUGUGAAAAUCUCCAGAGGUGCGCCAGAUGCACACAAACAGGACAUCGACACAGCGAAUGCAACGCGGAAAUACCAAAAUGCGUACUAUGCAGUGGCCCACACGAGUCCUACAGCAAGAACUGCCGGACUCUCUACCCAACCCUCCCUACUAACCCGAACUAACCUAACAAUACACCCUCGUACUAACAGCAGGGCCCAGCUUCACCUGCUGAAGAUAGGACGGUGAACACUUGGAGAAGUGUCUUCAAGAGUACUUGCAACUAACUAACAUAAUACGAGAUCUCGCCCAGACAUGAUUGAAUGCUUCGUAUUUAGGUAAUAUAGAACGAGCCCUUUAGGCGAUUAGGCCGGGCG